AUGUCAUUUAUCAAAUUAAUUGGGUUUGUAAUAAUACCCGCCAUACUAUUGGGAUCAUCAGAUGGACAUAUUUUUCAAAAAGUCCCAAAUGGUCCCAAAAGAAUCCCUCAAGUCAAUCGUCCUUCAAUCGAACGAACAGCUAUUAUAUCUGACAUUCCAGAUACAUCUUCUGAGUCUCCUCCAACGACCACAGAACCAUGUGAGACCACGACGGAGCCAUGUCUGAAUUCCACGUCUUCGGAAACGACGACUGAGCCAUGUGAGACCACGACGGAGCCAUGUAAGACUACUACGGAACCAUGUCUGAAUUCCACGUCUUCCGAAACUACCACAGAACCCUGUGAGACCACGACGGAGCCAUGUCUGAAUUCCACGUCUCCUGAAGCUACUACGGAGUCAUGUGAGACCACGACGGAGCCAUGUCUGCUUUCCACGUCUUCUGAAACUACCACAGAACCCUGUGAGACCACGACGGAGCCAUGUCUGAAUUCCACGUCUUCGGACACUACUACGGAGCCAUGUGAGACCACGACGGAGCCAUGUAAGACUACCACGGAGCCAUGUCUGAAUUCCACGUCUUCCGAAACUACCACAGAACCCUGUGAGACCACGACGGAGCCAUGUCUGAAUUCCACGUCUCCUGAAGCUACCACAGAACCCUGUGAGACAACGACAGAGCCAUGUCUGAAUUCCACGUCUUCGGACACUACUACGGAGCCAUGUGAGACCACGACGGAGCCAUGUCUGAAUUCCACGUCUUCUGAAACUACCACAGAACCCUGUGAGACCACGACGGAGCCAUGUCUGAAUUCCACGUCUUCGGACACUACUACGGAGCCAUGUGAGACUACGACGGAGCCAUGUCUGAAUUCCACGUCAUCAAAAACGACGAAUGAGCCAUGUGAGACCCACGACGGAGCCAUGUCUGAAUUCCACGUCUUCCGAAACUACCACAGAACCCUGUGA